GCCGUAUAGUUUGAAUUGAGAAAUCAAAGUGAAUGAAUUAAAAGUUAGCUAAACCAAUUUAGCAAAACAAAAACGCAAAUCUUAAAAAAAAAUUUAACCAGUGUUUUGAAAAAAAUUUGAAAAUAGUAAAGUUUUAAUAAACAUUAUACAUAUAUUAAACGAAACAUCACAUAAAAAUGGUUGCAAUUGGAAUUGAUUUGGGAACAACAUACUCCUGCGUUGGAGUCUUCCAACAUGGUAAAGUGGAAAUCAUUGCAAACGACCAAGGUAACCGCACAACACCCAGCUAUGUGGCAUUCACAGAUUCAGAGCGGUUAAUCGGAGACGCCGCGAAAAAUCAGGUUGCCAUGAACCCAAAGAACACAGUUUUCGAUGCAAAACGUUUGAUUGGACGAAAAUAUAAUGACCAAAAAAUUCAGGCUGAUAUGAAGCAUUGGCCUUUUACGGUGGUUAACGACUGCGGGAAGCCGAAGAUCAGUGUAGAUUUUAAAGGUGAGCAGAAGAGCUUUGCUCCAGAAGAAAUCAGUUCUAUGGUGUUGACAAAAAUGAAGGAGACUGCUGAGGCAUACUUGGGAGCAACGGUGAAGGAUGCAGUAAUUACAGUACCAGCUUACUUCAACGAUUCACAGCGUCAAGCUACAAAAGACGCUGGUGCCAUUGCUGGACUGAAUGUUCUUCGAAUUAUAAAUGAACCAACAGCAGCAGCUUUGGCGUAUGGUCUGGACAAAAAUCUAAAAGGCGAACGCAAUGUGCUCAUAUUCGAUUUAGGAGGUGGUACCUUUGAUGUAUCAAUUCUGACAAUUGAUGAGGGCUCAUUGUUCGAAGUGCGAGCCACAGCUGGCGAUACACAUUUGGGUGGUGAAGAUUUUGACAACCGACUAGUCAACCAUUUUGCAGAAGAAUUCAAGCGAAAAUAUAAAAAGGACUUGCGAUCGAAUCCACGAUCAUUGCGCCGUUUACGUACAGCAGCCGAAAGAGCGAAACGCACUUUGUCAUCCAGCACAGAAGCCAGCAUAGAAAUUGAUGCUUUAUAUGAGGGCGUAGAUUUCUAUACAAAAAUAAGUCGAGCACGCUUCGAAGAAAUGUGUGGUGAUUUGUUCCGCAGUACUUUGGAUCCAGUGGAAAAGGCUUUGAAUGAUGCCAAAAUGGACAAAAGUCAAAUCCACGAUAUUGUUUUGGUUGGUGGUUCCACUCGCAUUCCUAAGGUACAAAGUUUGCUACAAACAUUCUUCGGCGGAAAGAAUUUGAAUCUUUCUAUCAACCCAGACGAGGCGGUAGCAUACGGUGCAGCGAUUCAAGCAGCAAUUUUAAGUGGAGAUAAGAGUAGUCAAAUUCAGGACGUACUUUUAGUAGAUGUAGCACCAUUGUCGCUUGGAAUUGAAACUGCUGGUGGAGUUAUGACAAAACUAAUCGAGCGAAACAGCCGUAUUCCAUGCAAACAAUCUAAAACCUUUACAACUUAUGCGGAUAACCAACCAGCUGUUACCAUUCAAGUAUUUGAAGGCGAAAGGGCUAUGACCAAAGAUAACAAUCUGCUGGGCACAUUCAAUUUAAAUGGCAUUCCGCCAGCACCGCGUGGUGUGCCAAAAGUAGAUGUAGUUUUCGAUUUAGAUGCCAAUGGAAUUUUGAAUGUGACAGCUAAGGAGAUGAGCACCGGAAACGCUAAGAAUAUUACCAUUAAGAACGAUAAAGGACGUUUAUCUCAGGCCGACAUCGAUCGCAUGGUUAAUGAAGCUGAAAAAUAUGCCGACGAGGAUGAAAAACAACGACAACGUAUUGCUGCGCGCAAUCAACUCGAAAGUUAUGUAUUUAGUGUUAAACAAGCAGCUGAGGAAGCUGGUAGUAAACUAAGUCAAUCGGACAAAAAUCAUGUCCUGGAGAAGUGCAACGAGACGGUUAAUUGGUUGGAUGCCAAUACCACAGCCGAAAAAGAAGAAUACGAGUAUAAGUUGGAGGAGUUAACAAAAAUCUGUAGUCCAAUUAUGACAAAGAUGCACCAACAAGCAGGCGGUCCGCAGCCAAGCAACUGCGGUCAACAAUCUAGUAAUUAUGGAGGAGGCAAUUACGGUGGCCCAACUGUUGAAGAAGUUGACUAAAUGCCAUUUUAGAGUAUUAAAAACUCAUGAGUAUGUUUAUAAUUGUUUGUUUAUAAAAUGCUAAAAUACUGUCAAAAAUGUUAAUUUAUUGGUAUUGAAUUUAAUAUUUAAGUUGCAUAAAAUAGUGAUAAUUAAAGAAACUUUUUCAGUUUGUAAUUUACUAAACGAGUUAAACAUUAA